AAAUGUCCAAAACGAUUCCAAUAAAAAAUAUAGGACAAAAAUAAAAGUAUAGUUGUGUCAAAGACUUGUUUACUUGAGUUAAAAAUUUAGAAAAGUGCGCGCGUUUGAUAUUUUGAUAUUUUUAGUUUUCCGAACUGUAGCAGUGAAAAUGGGUCUGAAGCCUGAAGAAGAUAAGACGCCGAGUAAGAUGGCCAUCAUGGAUGAGGAGAACUCUGUUGUGAAAACAGGCCUGGGCAUGCGGCAUUGGGUGACGUUCAUGCUGUUCCUGGGCAUGGCGAACGCGUACAUCAUGAGAACCAAUAUGUCAGUUGCCAUCGUCGCCAUGGUGAACCACACUGCUCUGCCUAUCGUCACCGAAGCGGUUGAUACCGAGUGCGGUCCUGUUAGUAAUACGUCUAAUGAGGAUAUAGGUCAAGACGGCUCGUUCGUCUGGACUUCCACACUUCAAGGAUACAUCCUUUCAUCUUUCUUCUACGGAUAUGUUAUAACGCAAAUACCAUUUGGAAUCCUUUCUAAAAAGUUUGGAGCCCGAUGGUUCCUAGGUGUGGGAAUGUUGGUAAACUCAGUUUUCGGUUUGCUCGUACCGAUUGCAGCUAAAGCUGGUUACCAGUGGCUAAUUGUAGUUCGAUUCAUCCAAGGCUUAGGAGAGGGUCCUAUUGUACCCUGCUCACACGCUAUGUUGGCUAAAUGGAUCCCUCCCAAUGAAAGAAGUAGAAUGGGUGCAGCUGUAUAUGCAGGAGCUCAAUUUGGUACAGUAAUUUCCAUGCCUCUCUCUGGUCUCCUCUCUGCUUACGGAUUCGCGGGAGGCUGGCCGUCCAUCUUCUACGUUUUCGGGCUGGUUGGAACCGUUUGGUGCCUGGCUUUCUUGUGCUUUGUGUCAGAGGACCCAGAGCACUGUCCGAGUAUCAAGGAGAAUGAGAAGAAAUACAUCUUGAGCGCUCUAUGGGGCACUGCUGGAUCAAGUUCGCCACCGAUUCCUUGGUCCAAAAUCCUUCGGUCGAUGCCAUUCUGGGCGAUCAUGUUAGCGCAUGUAGGACAGAACUACGGUUACGAGACCUUAAUGACUGAACUCCCUACUUUCAUGAGACAAGUCUUGCAUUUCUCCAUUAAAGACAAUGGCUUCUUCUCAGCUCUGCCAUACCUGUGCAUGUGGCUGUUCUCAAUGUUUAUAUCAGUGGUUGCCGACUGGAUGUUGUCCAGUGGCCACUUUAAUCACACACAAGUCCGUAAGAUCAUCAACAGUAUUGGUGAAUACGGUCCUGCAAUUGGCCUCUUCGUAGCAGCCAACACGGGCUGCAACCCAGCGGCUACAGUCGCAAUCCUUGCCAUUGGUGUCGGUCUUAACGGCGGUAUCUAUUCUGGUUUUAAGGUUAAUCACUUGGACCUGUCACCACGGUUCGCUGGUAUCUUAAUGGCGUUUACCAAUUGUCUGGCAAACUUAACUGGUCUGCUCGCUCCAAUUGUCGCCGGAUAUAUCAUUGAGGGCAAGCCAACACAAGCCCAAUGGAGGAUAGUAUUCUACGUAGCAGGAGGUGUCUACAUCUUCUGCGCUACUUUCUAUAACAUCUUCGGGUCCGGAAGAAGACAGGAUUGGGAUAACCCAGCCCUUGAUGAGGCGAAUGCUAAGAAAGCAGCAGCCAAGAAGGCCGCGAGAAAAGAGAGGAUUACUCCCAGGAAUUUAAACGAAGCGGAAACAGCGCAAUAACGAGCUCAUAACUAUUGAACGUGGCGUAAAUACAACUAAAAAUAAUUAUAAUAAUGGCUGAUUAAAAAUGUAGCUAGUUUGUAAAAAAAGGCACAACGGAUAUAAUCCUUUGCCAUUUUAAAACAAGAAUCGUAAUUUUGAAGUAAUACCGUCCGUUGUAUUUGCAAAGCGUUCGGACCCGACAUAAAUUUUAAUUUUUUUGAGAGAUUGUCGUUAAUGAUUUUGCAAAUUACGUAUUUUAAAUCAAAUUGACGUUAAUUUUAGUUGUUAUUUUUCAGCAUAACGUAAUUCAAUUAUAGCUCUCGAACAAUAAUUGCUAGCUUUCUAUCGUUUUGCAUGCAAUUAUCAUUUUGUUCUCAAUUUCAAAGUAUGUGACGCAACUUACAGGCUGUGAUAAUAUCUUGUGUACAAAACACGAAACGAAUUCUGUGUCGGGUCUUUUUAGCUCGUUAGAAGUAUUAUUUAUUUAUUAUUUUAGAUAAAAACCAUACAAGUAUUGUUAUUAUAAUUUGUAUAGCUUGUAAAGUAAUAGGGACGUAUGAGUGGUGAAGAUUUGGAUCCGAAGAUUUUGAACCGAAAUGUUACCGUCGUAGCCAGUGGAUUUAACAAUAUCUCGCAAAACAUUUUGUCAUUUUUAAAAUAGUGCCAUUAAAUAAAAAUAUUAAUACUUUUUUUAACUUAAUUUCUUUGCAGAUGCUCGAAUAUAUAUAAUCGAUUUUUAAUAAUUCAAUUCGAAUUUCGCUAUUUUAUUUAGCUCUUGUCAUAGACUAAGAGACCCAUAAAAGUUAAAACUUAAUAACAUCCUUAUCGCAUUAAAAAAAAACAAAAAACUUGCAAUUCGCUUCGC